AUGUAUCCGUAUCAUUAUAAUAAAUCUAAAAAAUAUUAUUAUAAACCACCUAGGUUUAAUUACAAUCAAGAUAGUUAUUAUAAUGAUUAUUUUGAAACAAACCACCCUAAUAAAGCAAUAAAAAUAAAAUAUGAAGAAGAUGAUAUCGUCUCUACUAGAUCAUUAAAUCCUAAAAAAUAUUCAUUUCAUUAUUUCAUUGAAAAAAAAUACAUAACCUUUAUGUUUACCGAAAAUCAAAAUUUUAUAAAAUUAGAAAUGUAUGAUACAAAAAAUCCUAUCUCCAUCAACGAAUUAAAUUCGUUAGGAUUUACAAUUUUAAUCAAAAUCAAAGAUUGUCAAUUUUUAGAUUUGUCUGAAGAUAAUUCAU